AUGGCUAGGGUUGGCGGCGGCUACACGGCCAAAUUGGCUCCAGCAGCCCGUGGCGUGACGUCGUGCCGCCAUCAUUGCAAAAGACAACAGCGUGCUAGUCUCGAGCGAGAGAGAGUGUUGAUUGGCGGCUGCGCAGGCUUGUGUGGAUGUAUAGGCUGCCAUGCCGCUGCUGCUCGACGAGACUUGGCCCAGGAAACAAGAAGAAGAGGAGGAGGAGGAGAAGCACAGCAGAGAAAAAUUCAAACACCGCAAGCACAAGCUGCGUGGCCGACGUGGUUCAAAUACCAGGCAGCCACAGUUGACGUCAUCUACUGCAGCUGGCGGGUUGUGGCAAUGGCACGCCACACCACCAUCACUUAUCACCGUUCAUCACCACCAGCAUACACCAGCGUCGUGGCAGCCCGGCGGGUGGCUGUAGACAUGGCUUUUUUUUCUGCAGCCGCUUGCUCUCUAGCUCCGGGUCGUCCCAGUGCCCAGGCUGUGGCUGUAAGCAGGUAA